AUGGGGAAUGGUUGCUCAGAUUAAAGGGAAAUGACCUAAAAAUCAUUAACAAUAAGACAAGACUCAUUUCCAUAAACAAAAUAACAUGAUCUUGCUUAAAUGAGUUGUUUCAUACCAUCAAGUCAAUUAACUUAAGCAGAAACGCCUCAUGCAUUACUUCCAUCUCCAUCAAGAUAAAGUAUUUCUUUUGAGAAUGUAAUCACUUCAAAAGUGAGAGUGCCAUCAGAAGAGAGUUAGUUUUAAAAAUAAUUCUCAUAAAUUGUAGAAAAUAAUACAACUAUUAAAUCAAAGAGUAAGAAACCUAUUGAUAAUUAAAAUUAACAAAAACUAAAAGAUAAAAAAAGCAAAUAGUAAAGUCAUGAAAUAAUUCCAAAACAUCAUUCUUCUAGUCCUAAAAAAGAACGUAAAUAAUAGAUUUCUCCUCAAAAAAACAUUAACUAAUCAUAAAAGAAUUAAAAUAGCACAAUUAGAAAUAAAUCAACUUCUUUAUAGAAGAAAAAUGUUAAUUAAACAAAUGAAAUUGAAAUUAUUUCAAGGAGAAAAUAUUCAGAUCUACCUCAAAAAUCAGAAAAUACUCAAUCUAAAAGAAAGAUCAGCAAUACAGUUGAUGAUCGUAAUGUUCAUGUGAGUUGGGAUAGUAUUUCUAAAGUAAAAUCAUUUACACCUAGUCCCAUCUUAGGUAAAAAGGCUUCAGAUAAUGAAACAAUCACUAUCAAGAAAAAGAAAGUUCGAUUCCAUGAUUAAAAUAUUAUUAGAUAUGGUUUUGCUAAUUGA